AUGUUCUUCUCAAGAGAGAAGCAACCCUCAACAUACCCCGAGGUACCGCCCUCGCUCAACCACGACUCCUUCGAGAUGGAGGACGUGAAGCGCGCGGCCGCGGCAUCCUCAAACAGGCCUCCCGACAGUGCUGGCAGCAUAACCCCAUACCUUGGCCUUCGCUCACGACUGUCGCAAGUCUGGGUCAACCGCUGGACCAUUCUGCUAAUCCUUGUCCUCGUCCGAGUCCUGAUCCUCCUUGCCAGCCUCAACGACGAUCUUGGUGACGCAAAGACCAAGGCCCUGUCAGCAUGUACGAAAGUCGAAGAUAUCGGUAGUGCCAUGGCUUCUAUGCCACACUACCUAUCUGUCGGCGUCAACGACCUCGCUGCUAACGGCAUCUCUAAAGCCGUGAAUGGAAUGGUGGACGUGCUCAUGAUGAUACUCACUGGAGUCGAGGAACUCAUCCUCUUCAUCAUCAACAUGUAUGUUGGGACGUACGCCUGUCUCAUUGCCGCUUUCAUCCACAGCGGCUUGAGCAUCGGAGUCACGGUAGUCGGCGACACGACCGACUUCAUGAACUCCGGUAUCAAGACAAUCACCGACGAAAUAGCCGACGACGUCAAGAAAUUUCAGGACACUAUUAAUGACGCCUUUGACGCCUUGAACAGUGUCGGCAGUGUCUUUGGUGGCAGCAGUGACCCGCCCACGAUUGAUAUCACGGGCCGUCUUGAUGAUCUCAGAGACAUCAAGGUCGAUUCGACGCAAUUCACCAAGGACUUGGUCGCACUGAACAAGACCAUCCCCACCUUUGACCAGGUCCAGAACCUCACCCGCCAGGCAAUCUCGAUCCCGUUCGAUCUUGUCAAGCAGCAACUCAAUAAUAGCUAUGCUGGAUAUGCUUUCGACAACACGGUCUUCCCCGUCGCGGAGAAGGAGAAGCUCACUUUCUGCUCUGAUAACUCAUUUAUCAACGAUUUCUUCGAGAACUUGUUCGAGAUUGCUGCAAAGGCCAAGAUCGCCUUUAUCGUUGUGAUCAUCGUUCUCGCCAUCCUCGCCAUUGUUGGAAUGGCAUGGUUCGAGAUCGUUCGGUACAGGAAACAGCAACGUCACGCCAGGGUUCUCACAGAGAAUGGCUUCGACCCCAUGGAUGUUGUCUACAUCGCUUCUCGCCCAAUGACCGCCACCAUUGGCAUCAAGAUUGCCUCGAAGUUCUCUGGCAAGCGGCAAUUGCUUGUUCGCUGGGCCAUUGCGUACGGCACGUCUCUUCCGGCUAUCUUCGUCCUGUCUCUCGCAAUUGCCGGCUUCUUCUCAUGCUUCUGCCAAUGGAUCGUACUUCACUCGAUCGAGAAGGAGGCGCCAGCGCUGACAAGCCAAGUUGGAGAUUUUGCCGAGGAUGUGGUCAAGACUUUGGAGGGCGUGUCCGAGAAGUGGGCCAACGACGCGAACGGAGUCAUCACCAAGUUCAACGGCGAUAUCAAUGAUGAUGUCUUCGGCUGGGUCACCAACUCGACUAGCGCCGUCAACGACACCCUAAACACGUUCGACGACCAGAUGCACAAGGCCCUGGACGACGUGUUUGGCGGUACUAUCCUGGAGCAACCCAUCAACGACGUGAUCAAAUGUCUAAUCGACAACAAGAUCGACGCUGUGCAGAAGGGCCUGACCUGGGUGCACGACAACGCGCACGUCACCUUCCCCCUCUUCCCCAACGACACCUUCUCCGUUGGCGCGCAGGAGUCCAUCGAUGGCGAUACGGAGCUGACAACCUUCCUCGCCAGCCCCAGCUCGGUGACGACCGACGAGAUCAGCGGCGCCAUCGAGCACGUCACGACCAUGCUGCGCAACAACAUCAUCCAGGAGGCGCUCAUCUCCACGGGCCUGCUGCUCGUGUACGUCAUCCUCGUGCUCGUCGGCGUCAUCCGCGCCCUCAUCGGCAUGGCCGCGCCAGACAAGUCUCACGGUGAGGGCGGCCAGCGAUUCUACACGGGCGACGGCCGCGCGCCGCUGACCCCGCGCUCGCCAGCUCGGAGCCGGGAGAUAUCAGAAGCGCGGUUCCCGCAGUUCGGCCGCGGCGUCGCGGAGAGCGCGGUCAUGGACGACUAUGAGGCGCGCGCGAUGCAGGACGAAAAGCUCGGCUCUGCAUCGACAGCCCAGGUGCGAGGUGGAAAGGGCGGCCUGAGGAGUCCGGGCCAUUGGAGAGGGAGCAGCUACGGUCAUGUCGAGGAGAGCUACAGGUAG